UGCUUUAAUCCCCCAGCCAGUGCAGAGCAAGCUGCUGGUUAAAACACAGCAAUAAGGCUGAGCACACUGGCAACUUUUUGUAUUGGAGCUCACAGCCACAGAGACAGAGGGACAAGCUAAAGCAUUUUAAAUGGCAAAUAUUGUCACAUCAGCUUGCUGUGUGGUGUUAGCUGCAGUGGUGGUAGUCUAUGCUCAGAGGCGCAGCCAGCAGGGAGGCAGGAUCCAGUAUGAGAUGAUCGGCAGCGAUGUGACCAUGAUGUGUGGUAUGCUGGAGAGCGACGCCUCAGUCACAUGGAAGGUGAACGGCACUGAUGUGAAGGCUGACAAAGUAGAGGGUCCCAGACUCAUCCUGAAAGAGAUAACCUUGGCUAGUAAUGGACUCUACAGCUGCUUUGAGAAUCCUACUGGAGACCUCAAGGAUCAAAUAACACUCAGAGUUGGAGAGCCUCCAAAGGAACCUGUUGUGACAUGUCGAUCAAACACAUACCCAAAGGGUUUCUACUGCACCUGGCAUCUGCCUCACCCAUCCUACAUCCCCACCGAGUUUGAAGUCUCUGUAAAGCAUGGAAACAAGAAGCUUGAAUUCCAGAAAGACCCAGUCCAUAAGAACCGGUGCUACGUGAAAUACCCUGAGCUAUUCUCCACCAACAAGUACAAAGUGAAUGUCAUAGCGAUCAAUGCGCUGGGGAACUCCUCUACAUACAUAUCGUUUGAUGAGUUUUCCAUAGUGAAACCAGACCCUCCAGAAAAGCUUGUAGCCAACCCAGUUCCAAACAAUGUUCGGAGACUGGAAGUUACAUGGAACAAUCCCUCAACAUGGCCGGAUGCUGAAAAUUUCCCCCUCAAGUAUUUCCUGAGGUACAGGCCUCUAAUUCUCGACCAGUGGCAGCAUGUGGAGCUGUCAGACAGCACCUCACACACCAUCACUGAUGCAUAUGCAGGGAAGGAGUACAUUAUUCAGGUCGCUGCCAAAGACACUGAGAUAGGGACCUGGAGUGACUGGAGUGUCGCCAUCCAUGCGACUCCCUGGAUGGAGGUGCCGAGGCAACACAUAACAACUACUACAGAAGCCGGAAUCGCUGAAACCAGUCCAUCCCCAGCUCCACCAUCAGCGAAGCCUCAGCUGAGCGCCGCGAUGGGAGGCAGCUCUGUACUGACUUGGUCAGCGAACCUCUUCAUAGCUUCUGUCCUUGUCUUGUUUAUCUGAUUUCUGUGUUGCAUUCCUGUGGAAUAAAUUGAGAAAAGUUUUCUAUUUCUAUUUUGCACAUGUUUAAAUGGAUAUCGUGCAUUAAUACUUUAUUCAAUUUCUUCAAAAUGGACUCCAAAAAUAAAAUUGAAAGAAAUAGAAGCAAAAUUACACCCGACAAGCUACGUAGACACAGGACUAAACUUAUCAGGGAAGCAAAAGCGUUAUGGAGCCACAAAGGAAAUGACAUCAUACAUCUGCUUCAUCACGAGAGAUAAGAUUAUAAUUUUGCUGUUCAACCAUUCUGGAAAAAGAAAACAUCUGAAAAUAAGUAACUUGUUAGUAACACUAACAGCUACAUACAGCUAACUCAUCAUGCCAAAGACUUUACAUGGAUACUGCUUACCCAUAAUGCUCUGCUUUCCAGAACCUGAACCUGUGUAGUAAGGACAAACCCCUGACUAGAAGAACAACUGCCAACUUGGCUAUGUCCAUGGUAACAUGACUGUAACAUUUUUUGAGAGUGGGGUUUUACCUUUGUAUUUCUCAUGAAUAUUUAAAAGAAAUAUUUUUUUGUACUUAACAAUCAGUCCCCAUUAGUAUAAUCCAAACGUAGAGAAGUUGUGAAACCAUGUUUAACAUGUCUGGCACGGACUGCAAUUCUUUUUUUUUUUUUUUUUUUUACAAAAAAGCAAUGUAUGUUGGUCCUUCCAUUACGUAAUUAUAUGGUGCUUAUACAGCUAUGGCCAAAAGUUUUGCAUCACCUAGAAUUUUAGGAUUGACCCAUAAUUUUAACAUAUAUAUAUAUAAUUUAGAUAUGUAAUGUAACAUCAUGGAAUCGAAGAAACUACAAAAUUAUAUCACAAAAAUCUACUGGAAGCCAUAAUAGUAGUACAGUAUUCGAUGUUAGAUUUAAAAAUGUCACAUUUUUCAACUUGUGUCAGUGUUCCGUUAAGUAUAAGGAAAACUACAAAGCAAUUUGUAAUUCAAUAUUUUAACGUAACGUUAUUCAGCAGGUUUAAUUCGACUUUAUGAAGCAAAAGUAAAUUCUAUAGGGUGAUGCAAAACCAUAGCUGUACACAGCCUCUUUUGCUUUGAAACUGAGUAGAGACUAGUCUUAUUCCCAUUUCCUUCACAGAUGAAUCAAACAUUAUCUUAUUUUUUUCCUCCCCAUUACAGGUUUCAUAAGUUAAAAUUAUGUUAUGUGAGGAAUAUUGUUGUGAUUUAUGUAUUUGUUUAUUAUUAAAGAAAAUAUACAUAUAGAAGCUUAGUUUUACAAGCAUAUAAAUGCUAAAGUCCCCUGAUCAUAUUUUGUAAACAAUGACACGUAUCUUUAACAUGAAAAGUUUAUUAUUUAAUAAUGUAUGUAUUAGCUUUAGAUUCUUGUAACAUGUUGUAUCUGGAUUUUUUAUAGAUGUAUAUAAAAGGCAAGUUUGUUCAUUAAAUGUGUCCAUUUCAUGAAAA